AUGUGCUUAUUAUAUAUAGUUAUACCAAUAGAAUUUAUUAAUACAAUAUUUGAUUCAAGAAAUUAUAAAGAAAUAUUAUCGCCUGGAUUUUAUUCGCACUCACAUAUAAAACUAAUAAAAAAAUACUACAUUAAGAUUAGUCAAAUAUAUAAAGAAAAAAAUGGAGGAAGUACGAAAAUUAAAAAAUACUUCUUCGUAUUUAGAAGUAUUAUAUUUUUAUCCUUUUUGUGGCUAGGCUUAGUAGAAUUGAAAAAGAUGAUUUAUAAAAAAAAUUAUAAUUAUGUUAUUGCAGAUGAUAAUGCGUUAAUUUUUAGAGAAUAUAUAUUAUAUACCAAGAUUAAUCAAAAUCAAAAUCGAAUUAAAGAAUUUAAAAAAAGAACGUUUUAUUUUUAUAUCCAAAAUAAAAACAAAUGUAUCGAUUAUGAUAGUAUAAAUCAAGAAUAUGAAUACAAAGAAAAUAAAAGAUCAAAAAUUAAGAAUAUUUUUUACAAACUUUAUAAUUUUAUUAAUAUAUUAAUUUUUAUUAUAUUAAAUCAUUUUAUGUAUUUCUAUCAAUUUGUUAUUAGAGAAUUGUUAAUAAAUUUAUGUGCAUUAGGUGUAACAACGAAUUCUAUUGUUGCUGGAAUAUCGUCUAUGUAUUUUAUUUAUGAUUAUAUUAUAACAUUUGUUUAUUAUUUAAAUUUACCUAAAAUACAAAUUCAAAUUUAUAAUAUAGAAGAGAGGAUUCUUAUCAAUUUUACUAAGUAUAUUUUUAAAAAGGAGCAAUUACAAAAAAUUGAGAGUAAAUUUAAUAUAAAAAAUAGCAUUAAUAAUAAUUCUAGCAAUUUUAAUGUUGAUCCAAAAAAUGAUUUAAAUCUUUUAUCAACAAAAACGAAUAUAUUUCCUCUAGGGCUUUUGAGUAAAAAAAAAAAAUCAAUAAAUUCAGACAUAGUACAAAAUAGAAUGGAAAGACAUAGGAAAACAAUAAACAUCCCCUAUAUGCUAAAUGAUAUGUCUUUUAUGGAUAAAUCGAAUAUAAAUAUGACUGCGUUUAGCCUCAAAAAGAAAAAUAACAAAAAUAAUAUCAACAUAGCUAAGAAUAUCAAUGAUAUUAAUAAUAAAAAAAAUAGUAAUGAUAUAGUUCAUAGUAAAACCGAUUUUACUGCCAAUGAGCCUAAUGGAUAUUGUAAUAAUAGUAGUAGCAAUAAUCAAGAAGAUAAUAAUAAAAGAUUGUCUUCUUUUGCUGGCUUCAAAAAUAAAUUGAAAUCUAUGUGCACAUUUAAAAGUAAAAGUGGGUUUUAUCCUGAAAAAGAUAUGCAAUAUAAUUAUUCUUCUUUAAAUGUGGAUUUAAUAAAUAAUAAUAUGAACGCGAAUGAAUAUGAUAAAAUAAAUUUACGUUCUUUUAAAAAAUCUAAAUUUCGAAAAUCAAAUGGUAAUUUAAGUGACCAUGAGUCAACAGCAAUUAAUUAUUUUUAUAAAAAUAUAAAUGAAAAUAAUGAUUAUGUAUCAAAAAGAUCAAAUAGUUCCCCUUUUAUUUUGAUGAAAAAUAAUUUAAAUAUUAAUUCUGAUCGAGAACGAGAUAGUAGCUCAGAAGAAGAGCAUGUUUUAAUCACAUGCAAAUCACUGACUACUAUUCCUAAGAGGAAUGUGGAUGACUUAGAAGAUAAACAAAUCAAUGAAAAUUCUGUUAUAACCAACAAUAAAACUGAUAAUAAUAAUAAUGUUAGUGAUACCGAUAGUAGUAACGCCGAUGCAAAUUACGUUGACGAAAAAACAAAAAAAGAAAUCCCAAUUACAAAUCAAAUUUUUAAAAGUGUGUCGUUUCCUGAAAAUCAACACAUGAAGAAAUUUUAUAAUAAAGCAAAUAGGGAACAAAUAGAGGGAUUAAAACAUUUAUAUAAAUUAAAAAAAACUAAAAUGGAUAUAGAUAGUGAAAAUAAAACACGAUUUUAUAAAAUGGAUGGCAUGCAUCAUGCUUAUCCUGAUAUAGACAAUUAUAAUAACACAAAUACUGAUAAAGAUAUUUCUUAUGAUAAUACAAGUGAUGUGGAUAAUAAUAUGGAAAGUUAUAAUAAACUUAAAAAGGAAAUUGAAAAUAUCGUUUAUACAAAUACAAGUAUGUAUUAUUCUUUAAAUGAUAUAUUAAGUCGAAAAAUUGAAAUACAAAAAAAUACAAAUAGUUUAUUUGGCAAAAUAAAUGUAUUUUUAAAUUCAAUUAUGUUUUUAACUCUUAUUUAUAAAAUUAUUGCAUCGAUAUUAAAUAUUAUAUUUAUAAGAAUAUAUAUAAGAGAUCCAUUUUCAAAAUUAAUUGAAAAAAUUUGCUUAUUUUUUAAUAUUAAAUAUAAUAUAGCUAUUAUAUAUGCACCAUAUAUAUCAUUAAUAUAUAUUUCAUAUAUCGUUGCAAUUAAUAUGAAGAAAUUUCUACAACAAGUUAUACAAAUAUCAACAAACUUUUCUUUUUAUUUUAAAUUAUUCUCCAAUAUGUGGGUACUUUUAAUAUCAGAAUUAAUGGGCCUUUAUUUUGUAACAAAUUCUUUAAUUUUAGCUUCAUAUUUACCAGUAACUUAUGAGCAUAUAAUGAAAUUCGCUGCAGGAGAUAAUUAUGACUAUAAUGUUUUUCAUAUACACUCAGAUUAUGUUUUUAUAUCCUCGUUUGCUACUACUUUUACUUUUUUUGUUUUACACAUGCUAUAUUUUUAUUUUUUUUAA